AUUGCUAGAGCAAGGGCAGUUGGUGUGGACUAUGAGUUUGCAAAGCCUGGUGAAGUGGAAACGGAGGAUGACAGAAGAAAAAGACAGUGGCGAAACCAAAGAAGAAUAUCAGAACAAGAGAAAAGGUUGCGUGAAGCUGUUAGAGAUCUACCACCUCCUCCACCUGCAGGGUCAAGUCAGCAAGAAGAUAAUGCAUACAGUGCUGUUCGUGCAUUUGAGGUAGAGCAGAUGACUUAUGCAUUCUUUUUUGUGAGGUCUGCAAGGAAAGGCGACUGGAGUGCAAGGACACGAGAAACGUGUACUCGCUGUAAAAGAGAUAAGAUGGUGCCAAAAGUUUGGUCAGAUGAGAAUAACAUGGAUCCAAUGGCUGUUCCUGAGAUUUUGUCUAACGUGUCAGAUGCUGAACAGAUGCUGAUAGACAGGCUAGCACCUACUGUGCAUGUACACCUACUGAAGCAUGGAGGUAUUGCCUCAAAGGGACAUUGCAUUGCUUUCCGACAGGCUGCGCAAGAACCGGCCACUAUUCUUCCACGGCUACCAGCAGAGGUGGAUAUCAUACGCGUGAGAAGACAAGGAAAAGAUGAUACCCAUAAGGACUUCAGGGCUAGAAGACACCGUGUUGAAGAAGCCCUUCGUUGGCUUAAGGGCAACAAUCCUGCUUAUGGUGAUGUUGUUAUUGAUGGUGCUCGCAUAGAGAAUUUACCAGAAGAUGGUGAGUUG